AUUGGUGGAUGACAAUGAAUCAACUGUGGUGUGAAACUAAAGUAUUGAAACAAACUCAACUUAAUCGAUUCCUAUUCAUCAGUUCUAUUGGCGAGUUCACUGUUACCAUCGAAAAUAUUAUUAGGUGUUCAUCAAAAUCAAUAUCAUGGCCGCUCAUUUAUUAAUAAGAGCGAUCUAUGACUAUCAAGCUUCUGAUCUUAAAGUGUUACAUUGUAAAGCUGGUGAUCGAUUCAUCAUAAUCAAACAAACUGAACCUCGAGGUGAUUGGCUGUAUGUAGUUAACUGUCAAGGUAAACUUGGCUAUAUUCCAGCUAAUUACACUGAACCAGACUCAUUGGAGGACUCUAAACUUUUGGAGCUGAUUGAUACCAUUAUUUCGGUUCUGGAUGCUGACCAUAAUGAUCCAAAAAUUAUUACUAUACGCCAAAUCAACCAUGCUCAAGUUAAAUUAACUCAACUUCGAUGUGAAGUGCUUAGCCAACUACAAAGCAAACCAGGAGCUGUUUCAUCGAAAAAAAUCACCACUAAUCAGCCUAGUGAUGCAAAUUUUAUUGAAGUGGUAAAUACUAAUGAUCCUGAUCCAAAUUUGUAUAAACUCGGAGAGAACGACAGUUCUGGUAAUGUCCAGGAACAUAUUCUGGGCUAUAAUUGUGAUUCAAUUAAUGUACAAAAACCAGUCAUUAGCACAUCUGAAGCUGGAAUCCAAGUCGAUUUGAUUGAACAAACAACCAAUGAUCCAACAAUUUUAGUUCAAGGUGAAACUACUCUUGAUGAAAUGGCAACAAUUGAAAUUGAUGAUUCUUUGGCAGCUGAUCUUAUUGAAAGAGUCAGAGUUUCUACAGAAUUAAGUCAUGGAAUGUGUAAAUUGACUAUCGAGACUGUGAUAAAUUACUUACGUGAAAAAAUGCCUAUGAUUGAAAAAACUAUGACAAAGCUGAUUGAUAAAUUGGAGGCUGUUGACCAAUGUCCAUCACCCUUAGUUAUGAAAAACUCAUCUGAUUUAAUAAAAUUGAGAGAGUUAUUCCAUAAACUAUGGAUCUGUAAAGCAGAUGACAACAAAGAGUCUGGUCUGAAAGCUAUCAGAAUGAGGUCUAAUGUCAAAUGUUUGAUGGAAAAUCUAGUCUCUUACUUGAACUGGGAAGAAGAUCCAACUCUUUUAAUCAAUUAUUUUGGUAAACCUAUGAAAACCUGUGAUCGACCCAAUGCUGUUCAUAAAUUGUUAACCGAGGUUUUUGAAGAUCCUGAACUUGCGAAUCUCUUUUAUUACAACGACGUCAGAGUUAUGAUCGAUAUAUUAAUCUCACAUCUCAAUAAUAUUCAAGACGAAGAUGAAAAUCGUUUCUCUUACCUCAAAUUACUCUAUAAUAUAAUCAAAAAUACUAAUUACAAAGAGGAGCCACAUAAACUUAUCGAAGUCAACCAAUGUAUAGAUGCAAUCUAUUCCCAUGAGUCAAGUCCUGAUAAUGAAAAACGAAUGGUCAGGAUGAUCAAAGAAUUGUUAACAGCAGAAACAGUUUGAAUCUCUACAAUUAGAUUACUCUAAGUAUGAAAAUUGAUUUCAUAUAUUAUUCCGGUGAAGGAGAUGAGUCCAAGGUGUUACUAAAAAAGUAAUAUAAUUCCAUAUCGCCAAACCUGUUUUGUAAUCCAACAACGAUGAAUAAUAAUCGUCAAUUAACGAAUUCUAUGUCCUCAAGUUUCGAUUGAUUGGAAACUCAAUUUGUAUAAUAUCGGAAUUCACUGUGUAUAAAUUGCAUUAUGAUCUUCACACAAUUGGAAGCUUACUAGCCAUAAUUGCACAAUUCAAUUUUUCCCAUGUACAUUUACUUUCCACAAACCUUUCAUCUAAUCAAUGUGAAUGGUUCGAAAGAUAACGCUAUUGCUCAAAUCUGGAUCAAAAGGUGGUUUAUAACGCAGACCCGCGUUGAAAAGACUUAAAGACAAAAAAUGUUCCUUUGGAUAUGUCUGGAAUACGAACAAUUAAAAAAAUGAAAGUCCAAUUACGUUGUCCAGUUAUUUCACUAAAUUAAUUCUUAUUUAUGUGAAGAAUCGUAAUUAGUUAUCAUUCUCUCUACCAAGCUGUUAUCUGUUAAAUUAAAGAUGGUGAUGGGUCUGGUGCCUUUGGGUCCAUGGAAGUGUUUAAUUUAGUUUACUUGAUAGCCCACCUGAUAUUUAAUUGAAAAAUAAAUUCAAUUGUAUCAAUAAACUAUGAAUUCAAGAAUAAGAAUCCGAAGUAAAUUUUUAAAGGGAAGAUUUCGAUUUAAGAAAGCCGCACAAAUAAAAUAACUUGAUAGGA